AUGUUCAAUAUGCCAACUCUUACCGAGACGAAUCGAGGGGUCGAACCCACUACCCCUUCACAACAACCUGGUCCUCACACCCGAAGAGAAACUCUGCCCUCUAAACACGAGUCUAUCUCUUCCGAUACUCAAUCUCAUCACUUGUUGCCUUUCUCGCCGUUAUCACCUACGAGUACGGCAUUUGCGUAUGGGUACUAUCACUUAGGCACGCCUGCCGAUAUCGCAACUCAGAGUCCAGGUAUCAACUCAGCCCUUACAACUGCUCAUACUCCUUCUGUCGAUCCUUCAGUCGUUGCAGUCCAAGGAUCUGUCGUGACAUCUGACAACAAGGGCCAGAUGUUCAAGGACUUGGCUGCAGGCAAGAGGGCGACUCUCGAACCCAAGCGUCAAGGUACAGUCGAACAUGGAUGGAAAAACGACAAAGGGGACAUGGCACAAGAGAUCGAUGAAGAUGUCGUUGCUCCUGCUCUGCCUGCUCGAGGCUCGAUCCUAAUUGACUAUGAUGCUUUGGUACAAGUUCCAGGCGCCACUACGAAUCUCUGCGCCACGCUAUUCGCUUGGAAAGGUUUCGGGUACUCGAUCCAUAUUUGGACCAAAGACAAGGAGGCGACAUCGUUCUUACUAGAAGACGACCAAGUCGUGUCCGUAACGCAGUCAAAAAGCGUUGUCGAUAGAGUAUGGGAGCUACCGACCAGAGGCGGUCAAGAAUCACCUCCGGUCGACCCUCUUCAACAAAUUGUUGCCGACAGUACCGCCAUAUUGAUACUGAAUACGACAAGUGCUUUCGACCGGGUGUCACAGACACUUACUCAAGGUGUAAAUGUGCUCUUGCUGAAAGACCUGUCGCCAAUGGGCGAGGAAAUCUCGCGGUCUAUUCAUCCUGACCAAGCGGCAGUGGUGGCGGGUUGGAAGGAGUGUACAGAAUGGCUCUUGAACUCGAAUGGGGGAGGCCAGUAA